UUAAAAUCGUUUUUCAGAUUGAUUGAUGCAAUUUAUACUUAUUUUUAUUAAGUUUAACUGAUUAAACGUUGCAUCUCAUAUGUGAUUCAAAUUCAUUUACAGCUGAUUCAUGUCAUGUUCUACACAAAAAAAAACAACAACAGCGACUACUAUAUAGUACUAAACCGUUCUCCAUUUGUUCAUUGUUCGUUUGACAGUUUGAAACGUCAAAAUACCGUCAAGUAUAAACAAAACAUAAUCGAUAAAUCAUCAAUAUUUCAAAUUUACUUUCAAUCACCGGUCAUCACUGGACUACAUGCACAAUCUAAUUUGAAUGAUUCACCGGCAAAAAGAUUGGUACUCUUUGUGGCCGAUGGCUUGAGAGCUGAAUCCUUUUUCCGCGAUAAUUUAGAUCGUACACCAUUUUUACGAAAUAUCAUUUUAAACGAAGGCAUUCAUGGAAUAUCUCAUACACGUGUACCGACUGAAUCACGUCCCGGUCAUGUAGCUCUUAUUGCUGGCUUUUAUGAAGAUCCAAGCGCUGUACUUAAAGGAUGGCAACACAAUCCAAUCGAUUUUGAUUCGGUUUUUAAUCGAAGCGAUACAACGUAUGCUUGGGGAAGUCCCGACAUUCUUUCCAUUUUUACAAAACGAUCGUCAAAUAAUAUUGUUGCAAGUGCCUACACAUCGGAAAUUGAAGAUUUUUCGGGUAAAACGAGUACAACAAAACUGGAUACAUGGGUCUUCGAUAAAGUUAUUGAAUUUUUACGUCGAAGUAGUCAACAAAUUGUGGACAAAAAACAUACCGUCUUCUUUUUACAUCUGCUGGGCUUGGAUACAGCUGGUCAUGUUCACAAACCAAAUACAGAACUAUUCGAUGAGAAUUUGAAAGAAGUGGACAAAGGUAUUUCAAAAAUUGUUUCACUAUUCAACGGACUUUUCUCGGAUGGAAAAACUGCAUUCAUUUUUACAUCGGAUCAUGGAAUGACGAACAAAGGCUCUCAUGGUGCCGGCACUAAUCAUGAAACCGAAACGCCAAUUGUUGCAUGGGGUGCCGGUGUUAAUUGUUGGAAGAAGCUGACCCAUCCUGAUAAUAAAGCCGAAACGCUUAUCAAUGAUGUGAAUGUCCCACGAUUUGAUAUAAAACAAGCUGAUUUAACACCGCUGAUGUCAUCUCUAAUCGGAACCGCUGUACCAACAAAUAAUUUGGGCAAACUUCCAGCACAGUAUUUAAAUGUGUCAGAGGAAUAUAUCUUUCGAAGUGUACACCAAAAUACGAUUCAAAUUGCAAACCAAUUCAAGCAUCUGCAAAAGGAAUACAAAAAAGCAUUCUUGUUCAAAGAUUUUCAUCAGCUGAACGAAGUUGAUCUUCUCUCAAUAGAAUACGAAAUUCAAAGUGCCAUUAAGGAGAAAACUUAUAGCAAAGCGAUCAAACUUUCAUAUCAUUACAUUGAUUUGGCAUUGGAUGGAAUUCACUAUUUCCAAACUUACUAUCAAAAUCUGUUGUUGCUAACAGUUAGUAUAGCAAUGAUUGGAUGGAUGUUUUCAUUAUAUCAACAGUUGGACAUGGACUCUUCUGACGACCAAAACCGAAAAAACUCCGUCAAAUCUCAUUUAAACAUAAUUGGAUUGAUUGCUUUGAUUGGCCUUUUUGCUUACCUUCAAAAUAUGUCAAUUGCAAAUGGAAUAUUUUUAAUUUUGCCCGUUUUCUGUUGGUAUCCGGUGAAAACAUUCAACAUGUUGCGACAAUUGACUAAAUUCGAGACAUGGUUCUGGAUAGGUGGCAUUGAAUUUUUGGUGUUGUCCUUCUUUAAUCGGAUUUUUUUAAGUGGAUUACUAUUGGCAUUGUUAGCAUACGAGUACUAUGUUUUAAAAGAUAAGAAGGAAAAACUGGAGGCAUUCUUUAGAUGGGCUUUAAAUUGUGCGAUUUUAGCAAUUUAUCCAAUUUUGCCGCUGGUUGACAAGGAUUCGAAUAAUGUAUUCCUACUAACAAUCGGAUUGGGUGCAUGGGGAUUGAAAAUAUUCUAUGCUGCGACAUCUGAUCGAAAUCCAUUUAAAAUUGCAAAUCUUGUGAUCUUUGCAAUUGGAGCGAUGGAUUGCUUAUUAAUUGUAUAUGAUUUGAAUGAACGAAAAGGUCUAAACGACUUCAAUCAAUUCUUCGCUUGGAUUCUAUCGGUUGCGUCAUUCAUAUUGCCAACUAUUGCUCCGAAUUCAUUCCGUGAUCGUCUAAUGGCCAUUAUUUCAAGUUUGGCGCUACCAUUUUGUAUGAUGUCCCUUUCUUAUGAACCAUUAUUUUAUAUGACAUUCACAUCAAACAUUUACUAUUGGGUAUCGAUGAUUUACACCGAUCGCAAACAAAUGUAUACGCAACAAAUUGAACAAACGGACUGCGAACGUUCCAUUGAACCGGUUGAUUUUAAACGAGCCUUCAUUUGUAUCAUUUAUGUGCUUGUCUCAUUUUUCGGAACCGGAAAUAUUGCAUCGGUGAGCUCAUUUGAUCCAAAUUGGGUUCGAUGCUUUGUCUCAACAUUUUCACCAUUUUUAAUGGCAUCAUUAAUCAUUUUGAAGCUCUUGAUUCCAGUACUAAUUGUUAUGUGUGCCAUACGACAAAUUCAUUCAAUUACAAAGAUUCCUUUGGACAAAUUUUUCAUAUUAAUAUUGCUAUGUUGUGACAUAAUGUGCCUGAAUUUUUUGUUCUUAGUGAAAAAUACGGGUUCAUGGCUUGAGAUUGGCACGUCCAUUUCGCAUUUUGUGAUUAUGGAAACGACAGUUGUUGUAUUAUGCUUAGUACAAGUUUUCGCGAAAUUCCUAACCACUUAUCAAUUGCAAUCGCUAUUUGGCUGUGGAAAAACACGCGACCUAAGCGCCGAUACUGUUAAAAUAGAAUAGAGAUUUCCAAAGAUUUAUGUAAAUUGCUGUUAACUUAAAUAUCAACUUCUAUUUAAAUAAAGUCAAUUCUUUGAAACAAUA